CACACAAACGACUGUGAGAGAAAACGGAAGUGAAUUCCGUAAGUGUUUGUGGUAAAAUGGCAGAAGCCAGUGUCGCACUUGAUCAGAACCAGUUCAGCUGUCCAAUCUGUCUGGAUCUACUGAAGGAUCCAGUGGCUAUUCCCUGUAGACACAGUUACUGUAUGAGCUGCACUAAGAGCUGCUGGGAUCAGGAGGAUUGUCUUGGAGUUUACAGCUGCCCCCAGUGCAGACAGACCUUCACACCCAGACCUGUUCUAGGCAGAAACACCAUACUGGCUGAAGUGGUGGAGAAACUGAAGAAGACUGGACUACAAGCAGCUACUCCUGCUGCCCAUUAUGCUGGACCUGGAGAUGUGGAGUGUGACGUCUGUACUGGGAGAAAACAUAAAGCUGUCAAGUCCUGCCUGAGCUCAGCACAGUCAGCUGUGAAGGACAGCGAGAUAAUCUUCACUGAGAUGAUCAGCUCCAUUGAGAGACGCUCUGAGGUGACAAAGCUGAUCAGAGAUCAGGAGAAAGCUGUAGUGAGCCAGACUGAAGGAGAUAUGGAGAGACUGAAGCAGGAUAUUGAUGAACUGAAGAGGAGACACUCUGAGCUGGAGCAGCUUUCACACACAGAGGAUCACAUCUAUUUCCUCCAGUUACCAAAGACACCGUCCUACCAGUAUUAGUGCCCAGGACCAGAGCAGAAUUCUUACAAUGCUCUGAAGGUUGAGGAGAAAACUCACGUUAGGAGAACAACCCCACACCAUGAUCCCCCCUCCACCAAACUUUACACUUGGUACAAUGCAGUCAGGUAAGUACCCUUCUCCUGGCUACCGCCAAACCCAGACUCAUCCAUUGGAUUGCCAGACAGAGAAGCGUGAUUGGUCACUCCAGAGAACACGCCUCCACUGCUGUAGAGUCCAGUGGUGGCGUGCUUUACACCACUGUAUCUGAUGGUUUGCAUUGCACUUGGUGAUGCAAGGCUUGGAUGCAGCUGUACGGCCAUGGAAACCCAUUCCAUGAAGUUCUCUUUACACUGUUCUUGAGCUAAGCUGAAGGUCACAUGAAGUUUGGAGGUCUGUAGCUAAUGACUCUGCAGACAGUUGGUGACUUCUGCACACUAUGUGCCUCAGCAUGCGUUGUCCCCGCUCUGUGAUUUUACGUGACGUACCACUACACGGCUGAGUUACUGUUGUUCCCAAUUGCUUCCACUUUGUUAUAAUACCACUAACAGUUGACCGUGUAAUAUUUAGUAGAGAGGAAAUUUCACCAGUAGACUUAUUGCACAGGUGGCAUCCUAUCACGGUACCACACUUGAAUUCACUGAGCUCCUGAGAGCGACUCAUUCUUUCGCAAAUGUUUGUAGAAGCAGUCUGCAUGCCUAGGUGUUUGAUUUUAUACAAAGCGAUUGGAACACCUGAAUUCAAUGAUUUGGAGGGGUGUCCCAAUACUUUUGCCAAUAUAGUGUAUGUGGAUGUCAUGCAACAGUGGAAUUGGCUUUAAGUCUAGUUUAUGUAACCUGGUAUUUUAUGUAUUGUAUUUUUUAAAAUAUGAUGUAAAUGAGCUUAAAUGAUUCAAUUAAAGUUAAACAAACCAUAAACAAAAUGUUAACAAAAAUGACCAUACAGAAUGAUCAUACUGUUGGUUGGUAUUAGACAUUCAUAUUUUUAUAACAGAUAAUUCAACAUGAAAUAAGAAUGAGCUAAAAAGCUAUAUUACAUAAAUUAUUGGAUGCCAUUUAAAUUACUUAUUUAUUUACAUAUGUACAUAUGCAUUUGUUUGAGAAUGACUAGAAAUGUCUUUGCAGGGUGAAAAGUUUGGAAACAAAACAAAUUAUUAUUUAGAUGCUCAGUGUAUCAGUGAUGCAACUGAUAUAAUUUUGCAAGAGGCCAAU